CUAUGUAGUAUUCGGCGUUUUAUUUAUUGCCUUAAACAUUUUUUUUAUUUGCAGUUGUCGAGAGAAUGCUUGAAUCGGAACGUCAUAAAAUAAAGUUUGUUUUAUAUUACUAUCUAAACCCACCAAUUAUAAUUCCUUAGUUCUCAACAGCGGCCAAUGAAAAUAUAGCGUAUGAACCGAUUACUAAUGCAGUAAAAAUGUUGUAAAUGAGAAUUGACCAAAAUUACGACGCGAGCGAGAGUCGAAUAACAGCCUUUUCUGAAAGCAAUAAUCGUCUAAUUUAAUAAAAACUUUUAUAUUUUACAAUGUUAAAUUGCUAAUGAAGUGCCUAAAUAUUUUGAUGGUUUUUUAUAAGUAGUGCAUUUAAUGCUAUAGUGAUGUCGAAGAACAAAAUCGCCGCACGGAUAGACAGUCAAAAUGUUGAAGUCAAAACUAAGUUUGAUGCGGAAUUCCGGCGAUUCUCCCUUAACCGCUCUGAGAAGCUCAAAUAUGAGGACUUCAAGGCGCUGAUCGAGAAGCUUCACCGGCUGCAUGACGUCACAUUCCUCAUUUCGUACACGGAUCCUCGGGAUGGAGACCUGCUGCCCAUCAACAACGAUGACAACCUUGCUCGCGCGCUGCUCACGGCGCGCCCGCUGCUCAGGGUCAUCAUACAGAGGAAGGGUGACAGCCUCGAAGAGCUCAAUGGGUACGGCACGAUGCGGCACCGGAACUUCAUCUCGUCCAUACUGAGCGGCACGCCCGCCAAGAACAAGGGGCUGGCCAUCUCCAACCCUCACGACUUCAGAAUGGUGUCGGCCAUCAUCGACGUGGACAUCGUCCCCGAAACGUGUCGGAGGGUCAAACUGCUCAAGCACGGCUCGGAUCGGCCGUUAGGGUUCUUCAUAAGAGACGGCACGUCGGUGCGCGUGACGCCGGGCGGCGUGGAGCGCGCGCCCGGCAUCUUCAUCUCGCGCCUCGUGCCCGGCGGCCUGGCCGAGAGCACGGGGCUGCUGGGGGUCAACGACGAGGUGCUCGAGGUCAACGGCAUCGACGUCUGCAACAAGACGCUGGACCAGGUGACGGACAUGAUGGUGGCGAACUCGUCGAACCUGAUCAUCACGGUGCGGCCCGCCAACCAGCGCGCCGGCCCGCCGCCCGCCGCCGCCAGCGCCACCUCCGCCACCUCCGCCUCGCAGCACAGCUCCGAGCCCGACGACGACAGGUUCGACCAAGACGAGCAGGACGAGAUCGUCGACCUGACGGCCGUGACCCUCGAGGAGCCGGAGACCUUCCCCCUGCCCAGCAAGGACGACGGCCAGGUGCUACACCUGUAGUGGUACAGUGCAGUGCAGUGCAGUGAUUACAGUGCAGACAAACCCUACAUCUUCAUAAAUAGCAGAAUUGCCGGUGGAUCCACACUGAAUUGGGCUGCGGUCGCGCGCGUCAGUUGAUGUCUUUGGGGUCAAAGAGUCAAAGGGUCUACGGAGACAGAGCAGUUAAAACAACUACGGGCACCACACUUAGGCGUUUCAGUAUUAACUUAGUAUAAGCGCGACCGGUCGUAUCAGUUGCGUCCAUAUUAAUUACCUAUUUGGGGCCCAUUUCUCGGACGGUAUUAGACUAAUAUUAUUAGUCCACGAACAGCCCCAUUUCUCGAACGGUUUUAGUCUAAUAUUAUUAGUGUGUGUGUGUAACCCAUACGAUCUGGCAGUUUGUGGACUAAUAAUAUUAAUCUAAUACCGAUCGAGAAAUGGGCCCCUGUACUCAUUACAUUCAAAAUAUAGUUUGGCACACUAAUUAGUCAGAAAAAGGCGCGCAAUUCAAUUAUUGUAUGGGAGAUCGAACCUUUACUGACAAAACCGGUUUGCCGGACUAUAUCUACAAAAACUGAGUCAUAGAGAUGAACAUGACCUGUUUUAGCAUUAAAUUGUUUAGGGGGCAAGAACAGUUGCACCUGUGUGUGGGACCUCGCCGUGGAACUCACGCUUGGCAAAGUGAAAUCUACACACAAAGGUUUCCAUUCAUCACUCUGUCUUUUUGCACCAAAAUAAACCUUAAUUAAUAUGCUGAAGUGAGGCACCCUGUAUGUACUUACUUUCUAAAUAAUGUUUGGAGGCCAAAUAGUCCAAGUUCUGAAUUUUUUAAAGGGUAAUUUAUAAUUGCUAGGAUUGGACUAACAGGCUGUGUUGUUAAGGGUGAAAACCGGUUUGAUAAUAACCAGUUAAUAUCUAUUUAAAUAGUAAAAACCGGUUUUAUAAUUACUACCCGUGAUGUGGGAAUCAACAUCACAAUACUCUGUAGCAAUAAUUAAUUUGGUCAAUUUGUGAACCUUAACAUUCCAGAAGGCUUGAAACAAUUAUUUUUAAGAUUAGUUCCCUUUUUUAUAGAACAUCAUUUUAUACUAUCGACAAUAAAAAAUAGUUUUAAAAAUUAUUAUAUUUAGUGUCAAAAGUCCAUCCGUAUUAAAUAAAAAAUCCAUAUCAUUUAAUGUAUAAUAUUUCAUAGUGUCAACUUGCAAGAAUGUUAAUUAAUUAAAAUAUAUCGAUGUGUUUGCGUCAGUACCAGCGGUCUUGGUACGAAAGUACUUUGGGUUCGGAACAUUAAAUUGUAUUUUAUAUGAUCGUGAUAUAAUAGAGAUAUUUUCAGUCGAUUACCGUAUUUAGGCCACGAAGAAUGCUGAGUGGCCUAAUUAAGGUAUAUGAUUGAAAAACUUCAUUAUAUCAAGUAUUGUAUAUACUACUUUUUUCUUCUGUAAAACCUAAGUAAUGAAACAAGUCUCAGUAGAUAAAAAGAUAGUACAAAAGACAUCAACGUAAUUCUUAUUCAAAAUAAUAUCGCAUAGAGGUCUUUUGUUCCUUUGGCGACACGUAAUUGGUCGAAUUCAUUAAAGUUGCCUAAAGCAUUUCAUAAGAAAUCAUAAUAGGUAGUUGAGUCGGGAAUUCAUAGUCAAAAGUAUGCGAAAAUACAGUUUUAACAUAAACUCAAUAUUAUUAUACGUUAACCCUUGUUUUGGCACAAAAAAGUCAAGGUAGUUGAAGCCCCAUUGACCCUCGAUAAUCCUUAAUGGCUUAGUAUGGGACAUGGGUAGCACAUCGUUACUGGUGAAUUUCAAAGGUGGAACUCCGGUAGCCGUCUAAGAAGUGUAACGUUCUUACGGUAGAUGUCGCUAGGGUCCCCUAGACCCAUAUGGUGGAAAAUUUGCUGCCCAUAGAUGAGGUCUUGGUGGCUCAGAUGGCAGAGUGCUGGAGUAUCGGUCUAGAGCCGUGAGUUCAAGUCUCAGCCAAAACAGUAAUUUUUCCAAAUUUAUCCUAAUCUUAAUAGCAUCGUUCGCAGACGUUUCUGUGUUAAAAAUUAAUCCUUAAUGGCAUUCCUUAAGAAAAAAAUAUAAAAAUGGGUCAUAGGUUGUGCUUGUCAGGACUAACAUUGAGAAUGUUAUCUGUAUAAGUACUAUUUCUAGCAAGUUGACUCUUAUAUUAAAUAGCCCUUUGCUGAAUAUAGCUCACCUUAUCCGUGAUUGUUUAUAGAACUAGUGUUAAUGUCUCUUCCCAUGGAAGGUGCUAUUAUGAAGUGAACGAAAUUCAUGAAAUUAAAUUAUGUGAAACGUUUGAUUACAUAAGCACAUUUUAUAUCAAUUUUCAUCAAUAUUAUAUAGGCUUAUCGUAACCGAGUACUUAAUACGCGAAAUCAGUAUUUAGUUCCUAUGCUGUGCAGUCGUUAUUCAAAUUAUGUUAAACCAUCUAGUAAAAGACAAAAAGGUACUGAUAUAAGUUCAUAGCUGACACAAAGAAAUGGCUACUUCUUAAAUAAAUUCGAGGACCGGUCUGGCCUAGUGGGUAGUGACCCUGCCUAUGAAGCCGAUGGUCCUGGGUUCGAAUCCCGAUAAGGACAUUUAUUUGUGUGAUGAGCACAGAUAUUUGUUCCUGUCAUGGAUGUUUUCUAUGUAUUUAAGUAUUUGUAUAGUAUAUAUAUCGUUGUCUGAGUACACACAACACAAGCCUUCUUGGCUUACCGUGGGACUUAGUCAAUUUGUGGAAGAAUGUCCCUAUAAUAUUUAUUAUUAUUAUGCAUUUAAUAGUAACUUAAUAGUUUCGAUUACAUUUUGUGUCACCAAAAUCUAUGUCAGUACCUCUUAUUGACGAAAUACGUCACCAACGAAAACAUACAUUCCAGUAAAAGACACAUCAGUGCCUUGAAUCUCUUUACCUUGUUUUAUACGCAUUUAGCUCGCAUAUACACAACUAUCAUUCAUAGGUUAUUUGCUACAAUUUUAGCUUAGCCAUCAAGCAAAUUUCACGGCCUUAUGAGAACCAUGUUAUUCUUAAUAUAAGGAUCAGUUUUAUAAUAUGAAAUACCUACAACUACAUGUAUUGAAAUGCAUGUAAUCCAGGCCUUAUAAUAUAGUAACAGCCUAAUAUCGUGCCUUGUAUUGUGACCACGAUAAUUUGCAAUCGUUUUUGACCAGUUUUUACACAUUAUUCUUAAGACUACCAUUAACUUGUAUAUACAUCGUCUUUUACAUAAUGUCAGUAAUUUGUUAGAAUACUGUGCAACUGUAUAUUUCACCGUCCAUAUCAUUCUGUUAUGCUUGGCGUCAUAUAAGCUAACAUUUUUUUACCUUUUUUUGUUUUCAUAUUUAAAAUCCAUACAUAAAUCACAUCUAUUAUAUCCAAUUAAAACAUUUGAGUAACUCAUGUAUGGCAUUAAAUUUGUUAUAACCAUACAGUAUGAAUUAUGUUGUUAUAGUUUUAUAUGUUGUAAGUAUACGACAAAUUAAAAGUUUUGAUGUUUAAACAUUUACAUCAGCCACGUUUUAACUGAGCGAUAAACUCAUAUUUUAAUGAAAUGUUUAGAUUUUAUUCUUCCGACACCUUUAUCGUAUCAAAUGCUUUAGUUAUUGAUUUUUAGAUCAAAAUAAUGUUAGAUUCGAGCUUAAAUUAAUUAUUUAGGUUUAUUUGUAUUUAAUUUACUUAACGCAUGUAUUGUUAGCAUAGUUAUACAUAUCAUGUAUGGCUCCGAGGAGUCGGCGGAUCAAAUGUUGGUAGGUUGGUACAUUGGUUGUUUCGAAAACAUUUAUUAAAUUUGUUGUUCACAAUUAUUGUUUGUGGCACGGGUAUAAUGGUCAAUUAUUCGUAACCGCAAUCUAUUUGUGACGUGCUUUAUCACAUUUUGUAUUCUAUUUGCAAAUUAAUGAUUGUAUUCACAUGCUAUGCUAAAAACCAGAUUUUCAAGUCUCCAUUUUUCGGAGAAAGGAGUAUGCUUCGAUAAAUGUAUAAGGGACUGUUGUGUUCGUUGUAGCGUACAAUGUUGAGUUUCGAAUCUCAGUUCAGCCAAUAUCACGAUCAGGGUACCAAUGUUAUACACGUAUGACAAGAUUAUACAACAACAAAAUGUACAGUUCCACACCUCGAUAUACUUAUGUCGCCGAGCGUAUAGGUCUCGUAUGAAAUGAAUUCCAUAGUAUUACCUAGUAUUUUUUUGUAAUUGUCACGUAUAUUUUAAUGAGUGAGUGAUAUUUCAUUUGACAUAAUUUUUGUUUCUGUAUACAUUUUAUGUUUUGUAUUAAUGUUCAGUUUGUACUUAAUUGUUUUAUAUCACAUGUUGCCUUUUAAGCAUUUUUGGAUGAAAUUUACGUAUUAUUUGCUGAUUGGCUCAAAAUUGGUCCAAAAUGGUGUUUGUAGUCAAAUGAUUAUAGAUAGUUUAGGAGAUACGUUAUAUUUACACUCUAAGCUAGUAUACAUUUGUGUUGUAUGUAAUAAAAUAUAUUCUUAUUUAA